GAAGCGAACUUGCGCCCUGGUCACAUGGUAAUUUUUAUGACGCAAUUUUCCCGCCACGGUGUAUUGUGCGGUGCCGAACUCUGGAACGUGCAUGUUGUAGUUCUUGUUAAAGGAAUAUUAAGUUUUAACUUUUGUGAGUUUCUUAAUCCUACAGCAAUGCCUACGGUUCACGACUGGAUCAACAAUCCACUGGGUGUUGUUGAUGGGAUGUUCGCCCAGAGUCACUCCAGUCCAGACUGGGAGAAGAAAGUUGUGGAGUAUUUCAAAGAGAAAUUGAAACUAAACGAUGCUCAAGCAUGGGUUCCAUCUCUGAAUGAUGUCCCCCUGCACUACAUGAAGCCUAAUAGUCUUGUGAAAUUCCGUUGCAUGGUCCAAGAUAUGUUUGACCCAGAAUUUUUCAUGGGUGUUUAUGAGAUCAAUGAUCCCACAUCAAACUCUAAACAGGUGAAAUGUGGAAAAUACAAAGAUGUCACAGAGUGUGGGGUGGACUUUAACUCAAGAAACACAGUGAUGUCAGAGAGACAGACAUUUUAUUGUGUCCCCAUCCCUGGAGAAUCUCAGUGGGUCAAGGAAAGCUACGCAGGCACCAGUCAAGCGCGAGUGGUGCCCUCCACAUCCUAUGUCCCGAACAGGCAUAAGCGCAGCUAUGAGGAUGAUGAUGAGAUGGACACACAGCCCCAACAGAUGAAAGAUGUCAGUCAAGGAGCUCACAGCUCUGCUGAGUCUCAUGGCAACAUGGAGCCGAAGCGUCAGGAGACAAAAGCCCCCAGUCAGGACUCGUCCCAGUCACACUGCACAUCCAGUCUGGACCUUAACUUCCCUUUGCCUGGAGAAAAAGGCCCAGCCUGCCUUGUUAAGGUAUAUGAGAACUGGGAUAGUUUCAAACUGAAUGACAUGCUGGAAGUAUUUGGCAUCCUUUCAGUAGACCCUGCCUUGAGUGUGAUUGCAGAAGAAAGAGAGGUGUCUUCACUGCUUGACCCCACGGAUGGAAUGGAGACUGUGGAGGAGCAAAGAGUUCACAGCCCGCCAGCAUCCCUUGUACCACGACUGCACAUGCUGUAUGCCCAGCCUCUAGUCCACAACAACCCACUACUGCCCUCUAGUCCCUUGGAGAAUAAUGGUGACCAUUUAAGCAGUGUUCUUGGAGAACUGGCUUCAGUCAGAGCAGAGCUGCUCACCUUCCUCACACAUGUCCUGAUGGGGGAUUCACUCGCUGCUGAGUACCUCAUUCUCCAUCUCAUCUCCAAUGUAUACAGCAGACGGGAUGUUCUACCUUUGGGCAAAUUCACAUUGAAUAUCAGUGGCUGUCCUCUCACCUCUCCAUACACUGAGCAUCUCUACAAUGUCAUCCAACAGCUUGUGCCAUCUUCAUUCAGACUAUGCAUGAGCCUGCAAAAUAUGAACAACCAACGCAUGGUGCCACGGAAAGACUACACAGCUAACCGCCUGAUGAGUGGGAUUCUUCAGCUGGCCAAUAACACGUCACUGUUUCUGGAUGAGACGCAGCUGGGGCAGGGCCAACUGGAUACCACAGGUGUCCAGAAUAUCACUGCACUGGGGAACCUGAUCUCCUGGCAGAAGGUUGAUUACGACUUCAACUACCACCAGAUGGAAUUCCCCUGCAAUAUUAACGUGCUUAUCGCAUCCGAGGGCCGAUCGCUCCUCCCGUCUGACUGUCGGAUUCACCUACGGCCCACCCUUAAUCCACCUAACCUGGAGGAGUACCUGAGCGCUGUGCAAGUGGCACAGGUUCCAUCUCAGAUCAACAAGUAUCGCAUCUAUCUGAGCAUGGCACGUGCCCUGAACUACACCAUUUCUGAUGAGAUCACAAAGGCAGUCGAAGAGGAUUUUGUUGAAAUGCGAAAAGAUGACCCUCAGAAUAUGUCUGCGGAAGACCUCCAUAGAUUGCUGGUUGUUGCGAGGUUGCUGUCUUUAAGUCAUGGGCAGAACACACUCUCUAGAGAUGGCUGGAUGAAAGCCAAGCAGCUUGAGGUCUUGAGAAUAAGUCGAACACAGCAGCAGAAAUGUGUGAACGGAAACGAGCCUUAAAAUAUAUUGCUAUUUACAAAUACGCCAACAGGAACCAUACUUGUCAAUAUUUUGGAUUCAAAUGUAGUUUUCAUAUAGCAUAUGACUUGUACAGUUUUUUUUUUUUUUACUUCAUUUUUAAACCUGUGUGCAACUACAGACACUGGUGAAGUACAUUUUUGAUGCAUUUUAAUGCGUUGUUAAAUUUUGAUUUUGGUACUUGCAUUGUAUAUUAACAUAUAUAUGCAAAAGCAGACGUGACAAAGAUGAACUGCCUUACAGCAAAUAUGUACACUUGUGGCACAGGGGUAUUAGGAAAAAUAAAGUUUUGAAUACUCUGCAUAUAUAUAGUCUUACUUAGAAAAUGGGAUGAUGAUUUACAGUAAGGUUCCAUAUGUUAACCUCCAUUAGUUAAACUGACCAACAAUGAAAAAAUCUUUAAUCUUAAAUGUUAAUUUCAACAUUUACUAAUUUACAUUACUAAUAAGUUGUAUCUGUUUAGCAUUACCAAAUAUAGGAAUGGCAACAAACUAACAGUUGUUUUGCUGUAUUGCCAUCAAUAUUAAUCAUGCAAUUGAAAAGCCUUAGGUUCAUCAGCAUGUUUAGAUUUAAAAAUAGCAAAAGCCUGAAAGUGCCAGUGCUUACACGUUAAUGUUAAAUGUCUCGGGCAAGGCAACACCAGCCUAUUCCUCUCUGUUAUAACCUGAGUGAAGGAGUCACAAACCUCUCAUGCUACAUCUGAAUGCAAAGAAUGUAGCUUUGCAGUGUAGCUCUGGGCAACCAGAAGGACUUCACUAGAAGGAACCACAUACCGACACUGUAAGGAGAGUUUACUGUGAGAGCAGUGUGUUAGGAAGAAACAUUUCACAAGUGAAAUCUGCAGUAUUUGGAGAUGAAUGACUUCGAACUAGUGAAAGCUUGUGUUCUAGUUAAUCUGUCAUCAAAGUUGUAAAUGAAUCAAAAUGACAAUCUUUCUUAAUUAUUUACUUAAAAUGCCUCCCAGGUACAGCCCAUAACAUUUUAAAAUACAGCAGUUAACAAAAUUAUGAUUAACAUAGGAAAAUACUAGGGAAUAAACUUGAGAACAUGAAUUUGGAAUAAAUACUCUGGAAAAAAAAAAAACGGGGUACAAUAGAUUAAAACAAUUCACCAAAAAAUAUGGAGGAUGUUCUCUUCAAUGGGAAGAAGCUGGAAAUGAUGUGCUUUUGAAACAAAAGACUGUUGGACAAAAUAUAAUACGAUGCAUGUCAGUUCAGUUCAGUUACAUACAUUGAAAAUAAAAAGUGUAUUCAAAAGCACUUUGUGACAUUUUGCAACAUUAUAAGAUGUUGGGGAACAACCACAGAGACAGUGCAAGUCUUUAUGCAUAGAAAA